AUGCUCGUCGUCACCGCCCCCCCACCACCACAGCUUGGUAAAUAUCCGGCAAAGUCACGUACCACCAAAGCCCGUCGGCCCUAUCGCUGGCGCAGCAAGCCGACGUUCAAGACCACUCCGGCUCAAAGAAAAGCUCUCGCCAUCCGUCGCAAGAGCUUUCGCCUCCAGUACCGAGACGCGCUGAAAGAAUGUAGGUCAAAAAUUAGAGACAUGGCUAAAAAACUCCGAGAGCGUUUUGGCAAGCACAGCGAAGACCACUACUACCGAGAGAUCCUUCAAGACUCUCGCCUUGUCCGACAUGCACGCAAAAUCUCUCGUUGGAACGUCUAUCAACGGCAAGAAAUGAAGCGCCUCAAUUCUGAACAGAUGCCUGGUCAGAAGCGGAAGAAUGCUGGCGCUCUCGUUGCCGGCAUCGCCCAAGCCUGGAAGGUGCUCACCCCCGAAGAGAAGGUCGCGUUCACGGACCCCCUCAUGGCCGACAUGCAGGAGAAUCGCGAUAACAAGGAGCUCGCAGCCCAUAACGCCCCGCUGGCCGCGUUCCAGGAUACCGACAAGACAACAAAAAGCAUAGCAUCAGAGCUGCGUAAACUCCAUGUCCGCACCGGCGACGAGGUCAUCCUCAUUGUUGCUCGCUCCAACGUCGACCACUACAACGAGGCCUAUACCUUCACCACCCCUCGCGUCAAGGGCUUUGUUGACUCGUCACUCAAUACAUCCAUUCAGAACUUGGCGACAAGAUUCGAAGGAUAUUGCAUUUCCGGUGUGAAAGUUGACGCAACGGCGCCGUGCAAGCCGCCUCGCAUGUUCUACACAAACUUCGACAUUCACAUCACCGACAAAUACCACACCCUCCUCGAAAACUGGCCAGCAGCUCGGUUUAUCUCUCCAUCUGAUAUGAACUCACACGAGCUCGACGUGGUGUUCAACGCCUUUGCGACAGGCCUGACAUUUUUCCGACGGAUGUCUGAUGAAGAGUAUCAGCAAUGGGCCAAGCUCCGGGUAAGCCAAGCGGUUGAUGACGUGCCUGAGAGCCCCACUGCGACAUCAUCGGCCUCACUCCCACCCUCCGAGGACCUCGGUUCCACUAACGCCAACAUGAACACCGCGUGCCCUCCGGCUGCAUCCUCCCCUGUGGACUGUGGUGGCCCGCAGUUCACUGGUGUUACACAGAAUGGCGAGGCGAUGGUCAUCAAGAAGAAACAGCGUAAGCCGCGUGCUGACAUUGGGAAGCCACGCGGCCCACAGAAGAACCCUCAUAAGAAGAAGUCCACUACUAAUGCCUCCGCAGUAGACACUGUCACUACUACUUAG